GCUUAGUCUCCAGGCUAAAUCAAUGAAUUGAUGUUCUGGACUGAUUCAAACAAGACCAGAGGUUCAUUUUUCAGGAAAAUAAUCUUCAGCCUUCAACAGAUGGAUUACUCCAGGUUUGUCUUCCUGACAGCUCUCGCUUCAAUUAUAGAGGAUUCAUUUGCUACCUCCUGUGUGGUGGAUCAAUUCAGUGUGAAGAGUGGGUUUGACCACAAAAGGUAUUCUGGCAAGUGGUAUGCUGUGGCAAAGAAAGAUCCUGAAGGGCUCUUCCUUCAGGAUAACAUCUCAGCUGAAUACUUUGUGGAUGAUGAGGGAACAAUGACAGCUUUAUCAAAGGGAAGAGUGAAACUUUUUGGCCACAGUAUUAACAUGGCUGGUCAUGGUGAUCACUACUGGGUUAUUGACACUGACUACGAUAACUAUGCUAUUACCUAUGCUUGCCGUAGACAGAAGGCUGAUGGAACCUGCGAUGAUGGUUAUGCUAUCGUCUUCUCCCGCAGCCCACUUGGUCUUCCACCAAACAUCCAGCGCAUUGUACGUCGGAAACAAGAAGAGAUUUGUCUCUCGGGACAGUUUGAACCAGUGCUGCAAUCUGGUGCCUGCCCUUGAAGUCUAAUGAGAAAAACAGCUUUUCUGAAGACAGAACACUUACAUUACAAAAUGGAAUUAUAAAGAGAGAUUAUAUCUACAGUUGAAAAUAACUUAAAUAUCCUAGGAAAUAUCCUGGUCAAAAGUAGUUGGCUAUCACAAAUCAAAAUUCUUUUUGUACUUUUUAAUUGUAGACAUAAUGCUUGGGCCUUGGACGAAGUUUUCAUUCUGAAAUGUAUCAUAAAUGUGACCAUUUUGUCGCAAACACUCUAAUGAAAUUUAAAGAGCAUUUGCUCUGAAAUAAUAGAGAAGAAAAUAAGAAUUCUGUUGUUAUGCAAUGUGUUUAUCCAGAAAUAGACAUAACUGAGUCUUUUAUCAACAAAUGCAACAAAAAUAAAGACCAUCUUAAUAUAA